AUGCUCGUCCUGAUUGUCGGCGCAUUUAGGGUGUAUAUCGUGCGACAGCUUGGCCGACCGCGAUGCUGGCGCUGUCGGCGGUGGCGGCGGCACCUGUUUAAGCGACGAACUCUUGGCCGCGAGACGGGAAUGGAUCAGACACUCAGCACAGACGCGUUGCUUGCGGUCUCCGUGGGGAGUCAGCGUGCGCCCGGCGACGUGCGCUUUGCACAGAGGAAGGCGGCACAUGCCGCACAUGUAGCGUUUGCGGAACAUGGAGAACGACUUCUCGCACACCCCGCAGGAGUCGCCCGUGGACGCGUGGCGAUAAGAUGCCGUCGCGCUGUCGUCGUCGUCGUCGUCACACUCUUGGAUAAUCGUCGACGGGUCGUCUUCGUUGGCACCGCCGGGGACGAGGGGAGUGUCGUCGCCAAAGGACGGCUCGAAGCGCGUCGAGAAGAGCAUGCUGUCGCGCAGACUCUCGCGCAUGACCUGGGACUGCCGAUACAAGUCGCGCAUCGUGGCUUCGUACGCGGGGUCGUUCCGGGCAUCGGCGUCGUCUUUGUCCCCCGCAUCGGGGUGCGCGAACCGGUACUUCUCCUCCGCUUUCUGAAGCACGCGGAUGGAAUCAUGGUCAAGUCCGCUCAUGGUCGCCAUCGCCAACGCGCGCAGGCCGUCCGGCAUCUUGACCCAAAUGCUGUCUGGGCACAUGGAGCACAACAUGCUCAGCACGUCCGCACGGGCAUUCGCGCGGAUAGCAACGUGCAGAGGCAAGAGUUGGGAAUUGUUGCGCGUCAUGCCACCCUCGGGAAACGCGCCAAGCAGGGCCCGGAUCGCGUCCAGCGAGAUGUCGUGUUCAGUGCACGCCCAGUGAAGUGGAAGCAUGCCAUAAGGGUCCUGUUGCUCUGCAAGGGCCGGAGACUUGGGGAGACGCUUGACGAGUUCGAUCCAUUGACCUUCUUCCGCCAUGCGGAUGCCUUCCUUCGCUGA